GUAGUACACAAAGCGGCGGGUGAGGGGAAGCCUAGCAGGCGUGCACCGCGCAGUGAGAUCACUGGCGUUAUAAAUAUCCCAGUGCCAGCGCCGGGCUCCGUUCGGGUGGCCUCUCUCUCUCCCCUGCUCCCUCUCUCUCCCCCGAGGCUAUGUCCGCCCGGCGCGGCGAGGGGGGCAGCGCCAGAGGCACGCAGCCGCGCGGGGGCUACAGAGCCCGGAGCCAGCCCUACAAGAUGCACUUAGGACCCCCGCGGCUGGAAGAAUGAGCUUGUCCUUCCUCCUCCUCUUCCUCAGCCACCUGAUCCUCAGCGCCUGGGCUCAAGGAGAGAAGCGCCUCGCCCCCAAAGGGCAACUCGGACCCGCUGCCACGGAGAAGAUCCCGGGAGGCUCCAGCAGCCGCCGGAACAGCAGUAACACCACGUCUUCCUCUGCCUCCUCCCCCGCGACUCCUCCGGGCAGCCCGGGAAGCGGCUUGGAGCAGAGCAGUUUCCAGUGGACGCCCUCGGGACGCCGGACUGGCAGCCUCUACUGCAGAGUGGGCAUCGGCUUCCAUCUGCAGAUCUACCCGGAUGGCAAAGUCAAUGGCUCCCACGAAGCCAAUAUGUUAAGUAUUUUGGAAAUAUUUGCUGUGUCUCAGGGGAUUGUAGGAAUACGAGGAGUUUUCAGCAACAAAUUUUUAGCGAUGUCAAAAAAAGGAAAACUCCAUGCAAGUGCCAAAUUUACAGAUGACUGCAAGUUCAGGGAGCGAUUUCAAGAAAACAGCUACAACACCUAUGCCUCGGCAAUACAUAGAACUGAAAACACGGGGCGCGAGUGGUACGUGGCCCUGAACAAGAGAGGGAAAGCGAAACGGGGCUGCAGCCCCAGGGUGAAACCCCAGCACAUCUCCACCCACUUCCUGCCAAGGUUCAAGCAGUCUGAGCAGCCAGAACUCUCUUUCACAGUGACUGUUCCUGAGAAGAAGAAGCCACCCAAUCCCGUCAAGCCAAAGGUCCCGACCCUGACUGCGCCCAGGAAGAGUCCCAACACAGUGAAAUACAGACUCAAGUUUCGUUUUGGAUAAUGUUCCUCUUGGCCUUGUGAGAAGCCACAGGCCCCCCUCAGGAGUUUCCACAGGUGUCUUUACAGCUCUGGAGAAAAAUGUGGACACGGCUUCAGCUCCACUACACCGCAGGGAAGUCAGGCCAUUUGUUUCAGUGGGACUGAAACAAAAAUGUUUGCUGGCUGGAACUGAACUGGAAUUCUUUGUACGGAUACAGGGAGCACACUGCCUCAGUUCAGCAAGACAGGAAGCUUUUUGCUUUAUGCUUAGUGCAUACUAGGACUCUGUUUUCAAGAAGUUAAACAGUGUGGACGAUGUAUUUUUCUGACUUUUACAGAUCAACCCAAAAGAACAUACAUGACAUGUGUUUAUUUUGUUUGUUUGUGUGUGUUGUUGUUUUUUCGGUUUCUAAAGAA